CGACAUCAUCACCAUCCAACCUUUGAUCAGUUCAUCCUAUCUAAUUUUACUCGUACAUAUCAAGACAUCAAAUACAUCUUCAUUUCUCAGAUCUCAACCCCCCCCUAGAUCGCCAGAUCUCCAAGCUUGCAAUGUGAUCGGAGCUAUCAAUGACCGCCCACACCCGGUCAUAGCUUCAUUUCACUGAGCUUCUAGUGUGCUACUAAUCUACUCCCCACAGGCUGGCCCUCUCUUCACCUAAAACCUGAAUUCUCGCAAUGCUCCGUCACGUCACAGUAUCAGGAGUUCGGGCCACGCGGGCGUCGAACUCCAUGUCUCUCUCCCCCGGAAGUAGCGGUCUAGCCGGUCGAACUACCACCACCACCUCGACACGCCCAGCUAGGAGCACCGCCCAGGUCCGCGCCUUUUGGGACCACUCGCACCGGAGAUACAGACACACAGAGGAUUGGGAACGGAAGCGAACGGAGAGGUACCGACGCCUCUACCAGCUUAAGAUGCGCAAGCAACCCCCGAAGCACCCGUCCGUCAUGUUCAACCAGCACGUCCCGUGGUGGACUCCUGGGUGGGGGUGGGGACGUUUCAGAUCCGGAUUUUCGGAGUCGGAAUCGGGGUCGGGGGCUGGACGAAACCCUCACAAGGUCUUCUGGGAAUCCAACCCUCACAAAAGCUUCUGGGAGACGGAGAGCGCCCGCGCGAAGGAGCGCAUGGAUCAAUUUAGGAGGGAGAUCGAUGCCGACCCACAUGCGGCCCUGUUUGGGAGCAGGCUAGUUCGCCCCGGUGCCCCGGGUACGUAUGACAAUUGGUUCACUGAUCUUUGUCGCACGUUUCUUGGUCUUGGGUCCACUGCGGAGUCGAAGCCUGUUGAUACGACGGCGAGUUCGCGUACGUCGCCGCCGCCGCCUCCGCCGCGUACCGGUGAUGCACGCAUGUCGGAUUCGGAGGGACCCAGUGGUGUGACUGCGUAUACUGAAAGUGCAAGGGUUGACGAAAAGAAUGAUUUGGAAUUCGACCCUAUUAGUGGCCGCAUGGUCCCGAAAUCGAAACAGUCUUCUGAUGUGAUUGACGGGAACGAGCAGGUUGAAGAUACAGCGCGGGGGAAAUCUCAGCACAAAGGUCCUCGAUCUGACCUUGGGAAGGCUGGCUUUCUUUCUUCGGUGGAGUCUUCGCCACGAAGGUCAGAACCACAAGAGUCAUUAGAGAACUCGGACGCCGGCCACGGUGCACUGUAUGGGGGUCAUCAAAAGCCACGUAAUUCCAAGCAAACACAGGAACAUAAAUCGAGGGAACCGCUGGACACCACGGCCCGAGAACAACGCCCAGAUGCUACGACUCAGUCGAUCAGCCCCGAUGCUGGUCCGUCGCGGGACAAUUUAGCAUCUUCAAGUCCGGACGCCGAAGACACUGGGAAGGAUACCCAAGAGCCGCAGAGGCAAACCGAGAGCAAUGGAUUUCUGGAUAGUGCACGAAAUAGUGAAGCUCUGGGCGGAGCACCUCACUCCACAACCAACAUCAAUCAGGCACCUAAAAGUUUUGUAAUUGAGGACUCCCCUGACCAUUUGGAGCCCAUGUUAAGAGAGAAGCAAGAAGAUUUGGAUAUAUUGACUGCCAGCGAUAUCCGUGCUUCCUACGAAGGGAAGCACUUCGAGGAGGACUUGGAAACGCGAAAGCAAGCACGCAAGCACAUGGAGGAUACCUUUGACUCCUACGUCGACCCAGCCAGCGAGAUUGACCCCCAGAGUUUGCGGCAAAAGUAUCAGCAAACUGAAGAGACUUUGGUCCCAAGAGAAUCAUCCAGCGGUGCCAGCUCUGACGACCUACGCCGGCCCGAAGCAUCAACUGAACAGACCCUUGGAGAACAGACUGCGAGAAACACCACACCUGAUACUUACCUCGUCCUCGCAUAUGACCCUUCGACCCGCCAAAUAAAGGAAGCUGAAACGAGCUCGUCCCUUCACUCAACAGACGGUGCCCUCCACCCCACCAAAGUCCUCCGUCGCCUCCACCACCCAGCUAAGUUCCUGCCAUACUUCGCUCAGAUGCACCAUGGCGGUUACGAGAUCGUGUCUGGCGGCGGAGACAUUCUUGUGUUCCGAAAGACCCGAGAGGCAGGGGAGUACGGCAGUGCCGAGUUCCAGGAUGACCUGCAGCGACCCAAUCCCUACGUCCGACAUGAUGAAGAUCUUUACGAGCCUGCGCCUCCGACGGAGUCAUCAUCGACCAUUCCGCCGGCGCUCGACACGGCACCCGACGAUGCUCCCUCCGCAUCCGACAAAGAUACUCCCGAAUCAAGAGAACCACCUAAAACGCGGUCGAGAUUCGGCUCCGCACUCCGUCGGAUGUUCAUCAGCGGCGCCGCCACGGCUGCGACCUGCUACGCUAUCGGUGUUGUGGUGGAGUUUCUCCGCACAGGCGGAGAAGACGGACGGGGGUUCGAUGCAUUUACUGAAUUUGAGUCUGAGAGGCGUCAGAGAGAGCGCAAUUCAUAACAAUUUGCAUGCUUUAUUAUUCUCGGGAUUGGUGAUAUAUCGGCCUCUUUCUGUACGUAAAAUCUAGCUGGAUCUGGUUUAUUUCUCUGCAAUUUGCAAUAUGUAUGAUUCAUG